UGAUCAGUCCACUCUGCCUCCACCAUCUGCUCCCUCUCCUCUCCGAUCCAUCCCGAUCUCUCUUCCUCCCCGUUCUUGCGUCUCGCCUGCUGCCGGAUCGGGAGGAGCGGGAUUCGCCUGGGGGCCGACGAGGCAGGCGGGCGGAACCGCGGAACGGCGGCGGCAGCCAUGGUCGGGCGGAGCUCCCUCCCGGAUGGGGCUCUCUUCCUCGGAUUGGACAGCUCCACCCAGUCUGUGAAAGCCACCGUGCUCAACAAUGGGUUAACAAUAGUAGCUUCUGAAACUGUUAAUUUCGACUCUGAAUUACCGCACUACAAAACCGAGGGCGGGGUUCACAGAGACCCCUCAGACGAUGGCCGCAUAUUUUCGCCAACCAUAAUGUGGGUGGAGGCUUUGGAGCUGCUUCUUGAGAAAUUAAAACUGAAGACCGACUUCAGUAAGGUUGUGGCCGUUUCAGGGAGUGGGCAACAACAUGGCAGCGUGUACUGGAAGAAGGGCAGUCAAGCCGUGCUGUCUUCCCUGGAUCCUAGUAAGAGCUUGGUGUCCCAGCUUAAGGAUGCCUUUUCCACCAUGGACUCACCAAUAUGGAUGGACAGUAGCACCACCAAGCAAUGCAGGGAAAUAGAGAAUGCAGUGGGAGGUGCACUGGAGUUGUCUAAGCUGACAGGGUCUCGUGCCUAUGAGAGAUUCACCGGGCCUCAGAUAAGGAAGAUCUACCAAGCAGCGCCUCAUAUUUAUGAAAAUACUGAGAGGAUAUCUUUGGUGAGCUCAUUCAUGGCGUCGAUCCUUGUCGGAUGCUAUGCAAGUAUUGAUGAAACUGAUGGCGCUGGGAUGAACUUGAUGGAUAUAAACAAGAAGACCUGGUCAAAAACUGUUUUAGAGGCAACUGCUCCUGUUCUUGAAGAGAAGCUUGGAAAUCUGGCGCCAGCCUAUGCCACUGCUGGUCUCAUAUCUCCUUAUUUUGUAGAAAGGCAUCAGUUUGAUAAGAACUGUUUGGUUAUUCAAUGGUCAGGAGACAAUCCCAAUAGCCUUGCAGGGUUAACUCUGAAUACACCUGGUGAUCUUGCAAUUAGCCUUGGUACUAGUGAUACAGUUUUUGGGAUUACUGCCGAAGCUAAACCAAGCCUUGAAGGCCAUGUUUUUCCCAACCCUGUUGAACCAGAUGGUUACAUGGUUAUGCUAUGUUACAAAAAUGGUUCAUUGACCCGGGAAGAUGUACGAAAUCAGUGCGCAGAAAAAUCGUGGGAUGUUUUCAACAACUACCUAGAGAAAACAACCCCUCUGAAUGGUGGGAAGUUAGGAUUUUACUACAAGGACCAUGAAAUCCUGCCUCCUCUUCCAGUUGGUUUCCACAGAUACAUCGUCGAGAAUUUCAAUGAUGCCUCAGCUGACAAUCUGACGGAGCGCGAGGUGCAAGAAUUCGAUGCACCAUCUGAGGUCCGUGCCAUCAUUGAGGGUCAAAUGUUGUCGAUGCGAGGCCAUGCCGAGCGGUUUGGCAUGCCCAAUCCCCCCAAGAGGAUCAUAGCAACUGGCGGGGCAUCGUCCAAUGAGAGUAUCCUCAAGUCAAUCGCACAAAUCUUUGGCUGUCCUGUCUUUACAGUUGAGAGACCUGAUUCGGCUUCGCUGGGCGCGGCACUGAGAGCUGCCCAUGGGUGGCUGUGCAACAAGGAAGGAGGCUUUGUUCCCAUCUCCUGCAUGUACAUGGGCAACCUGGAGAAUACCUCCCUGGGCGCAAAACUGGCAGUCCCAGCCCCUGGCGACGGGGAGGACAAGGAGCUCCUGAAGAAGUAUACAUUGCUCAUGCAGAAGAGGAUGGAGAUCGAGAGACGCCUGGUGGAGAAGAUUGGGCGCGCCUAGAUAGCAGAAUAUAUGGCGCAAAUGGUACAGGGAUUAGGAAAUAAAAUCAUUGGCCCAGCUGCUAAUGGUCGCUGGUGUUGUGCGCGUCAACCGGCAAAGAUCAUGUCGAGGUCCCAAGCACGAAUAAUUUGUGAUGACUUUCAUUAUGAAAAAUUGUGCACCAAUGAAUUCUUCUAGGAAUUUUGUAAGUGCACAAAUAUGCUACCUCGGGAAGGAGUUUAUAUGGAGAUGGGUACAUGUGA